AUUUUGCUAAUUAAUAUUCUCUCUUGGUAUAUAUAUAUAAUUUCUCUCACAAGGUUCAUCUGAUCUGCCGCACACAUAAUCUUUGAAGGAGGUAGGGAGAGAUUUCUGCGCGAACAUCACAGGAAAAUGGAUUCAUGCCCUAAAGUAAAAAACAUUCUUCUCCUGGACUCAGAAGGUAAACGGGUGGCAGUUAAGUAUUUUUCAGAUGAGUGGGCGACUAAUUCGGCCAAGGAGGCUUUCGAGAAAACUAUAUUUACCAAGACACAGAAGACAAAUGCUCGGGCAGAAGCUGAGAUAGGAAUGUUUGAGAAUAAUAUAGUGAUUUACAAGUUUAUUCAAGACCUUCAUUUCUUUGUAACUGGAGGAGAAGAUGAAAAUGAGAUCAUACUAGCUAAUGUGCUUCAGGGUUUCUAUGAUGCAGUUGGCUUACUUCUAAGGGGUAAUGUGGAGAAGAAGGAGGCACUUGAAAAUCUCGAUCUCGUUCUUUUGUGCAUUGAUGAAAUCAUUGAUGGCGGAAUAAUCCUAGAAACUGAUGGAGAUGUCAUUGUUGGAAAAGUUGCAAGCAAUAGUAUUGAUUCUAAUGCACCGCUAUCUGAGCAGACUAUAAGCCAAGCAUUGGCCACAGCCCGUGAACAUCUUACUAGAUCAUUGCUCAAGUAGUGGUGAUUAAUCAACUCUAGUGCAAAUCAAUCAAUAGGGAAAAGUUAUUGUGAUGUAAUUUUCCUUUUUGCUACAGUUAGGGAAAGUUAGCUUUGGAUUUUUUAAGCUAAAACUGCUUGAAUAUUGAAACAGCUUGAAUGAAUUGUUUUGUAGAUUUUUAAAAGGGAAACAAAGUUAGGUUAGGUUUUGUGUUUGGUUACAAUUAUAGAAGAGAUUAUCUAUAUAUGUAAUGUUUUAGGUUUGUCUUUA